CACCCGGUGUAACGUUCACUGACCGCUCGGCGGAUGUUGAAGUUCAUUCGCUUUAAUUGGACAUUAUAAAGUUCAGCAGGAUACACGGACACAAGUCUUUAUCCGCCCCUUUCUGUGCUUCCGGCUUGCUUUGCUCUCUUACGUACUAUCGUCGUGACACGGGGUUUCCAUGGUUACAGAUAACAUUUAUUGGAUAUAGAAGAUCCCAACUUCCUUGACAGUUCCAGUAUCCGCCCACUGUCAACACAGAAAUCCGCCGGAGUCUCCACCUGAAUCCAGGAAAGCUCUUCAGACUGAAGGCGCCCAGGUGUUGCGCUACUAUACUCUAUUUGGAAAAGAAAAAAAAAAAAACUAAAAGAAAAAACUGCGAGCCACACUAGACUGGAAGCUUUGUUUUUAGAAUUUUACUGCGUUUAAUCCGGUAACUAUGCAGGGUAAAGGCACUUUUAUCAGCCCCUUUCACAGACCGCGGUGUCUGGCGGCAGCGGCACCGGCUGGGAAAGCGAAAUUAACUCAUCCGGGAAAAGCGAUUCUGGCAGGUGGAAUCGCAGGUGGCAUAGAGAUCUGCAUCACCUUUCCCACAGAGUAUGUCAAGACCCAGUUACAGCUGGAUGAGAAGGCCAAUCCACCAAAAUAUAGAGGAAUAGGUGACUGUGUGAAACAGACAGUACAGAGUCACGGUAUCAAAGGGCUGUACAGAGGUCUCAGCUCUCUGCUGUAUGGAUCCAUACCCAAAUCUGCUGUCAGGUUUGGGGUGUUUGAGUUCCUCAGUAACCACGCCAAGGAUGAGUCCGGUCGACUGGACAGCACCAAAGGCCUGCUGUGUGGGCUUGGAGCCGGGGUCAUGGAGGCUGUUCUGGUGGUCUGCCCAAUGGAAACAGUCAAGGUUAAAUUCAUUCAUGACCAGACAUCAGCCAACCCCAAAUACAAGGGAUUCUUCCACGGAGUCAGAGAGAUGAUCAGGGCUCAAGGAUUAAGAGGGACAUAUCAGGGUCUAACUGCAACAGUCUUGAAGCAAGGCUCCAACCAGGCUAUUCGAUUUUUCGUGAUGACUUCUCUCAAGAACUGGUACAAAGGUGAUAACCCCAACAAAGCAAUAAAUCCACUGGUGACUGGACUCUUUGGAGCCACAGCAGGAGCAGCCAGUGUAUUUGGAAACACUCCACUAGAUGUCAUCAAGACAAGGAUGCAGGGUCUAGAAGCACAUAAAUAUAAAAGCACGCUGGACUGUGCCAUGAAGAUCUUGAGAUAUGAAGGGUUGGCAGCGUUCUAUAAAGGAACAGUUCCCCGGCUUGGCCGUGUAUGUCUUGAUGUGGCCAUAGUUUUCAUCAUCUAUGAGGAGGUCGUAAAGGUUCUGAAUAUGGUCUGGAAAACAGAAUAGGUGGUUGGACAUACGACGAAGGUGGCAACUUCCUCCUUCACAAGCAUCAGACAUAGAUCUGACUUCAGCAGGCCUCUUUUGUGUCAUGAAACCAACAGCAGAAGGGGUGAAAAAGAGAGCUGAACUUAGAUUAGUGUUGUAUGCAGAGCAGGAAGUCAAUAUACUCGGAGACAAAAGAAGAAAAGGGGGCCUGGCGUCACCUACACCUGGUGUAAGUGAUGCUCAGCAUCAACAUUCCCUGACAAGAUUGAAGAAAAAGAAAGAUAAAUGAUAAUUAAAUAAUAAUAAAAAGAACCUUUAUUCUAAAGAUGCAUCACCAGUUUAUAAAUAUAUAGAUAAAAUACUGGCCAAUAGCAUCGCCAGCAGCAGCACCUUUAUUUUAAGUUAUCUGGUUUACUUUCUCUGUAAGCCUCUGUCAGGGAAGAGCAUUAUAUGUAGUCAUUCACAGCUGUUUUACUGCAAAUAUGCAGAUAUCCGGCUGGAUUUUCUUGAGUUUGCGUUGCUUUCUGUCUCUUCUAAAAGUCCAGAGGAGCCAGAGUGCAACUGGUUGCAGUUUGCAGUCACACAAGCUGCAGCAACUUCCAUAGUUGGGCCUUAAAUAAAAUUGGUUUAUAACCUGCCAUGUAUUUUUAUACAGUGUAGAUUCAAUUUAAUUUAUUGAUAACUUACAGAAUAUUAUAUAUUUUAAAUCCUGUGCCAAAUGUCAAACCUAUUGUGUUAUGAAAGUCUGUUCAGAAGAAAGCAAAAGUAACCUAAUUAUCUUAAGAGAAUAGUAAAUAUUAUGACUAUGUACUGUGAGAUACAUAAUUUUUGGAAGUGAAUUAUUAAAUAGAGAAUUAAGAGAAUAUUUGCUGUUAAUCUGUGCCACACUGUUGUUGUUGUUUUUUUUUUCUUUAUCGGGUGUAUAAAUGUUUGGGUUUUUUUGUUUUUUUUUUUUUUUUUUUUUAAGAUCACUGUGAGUCUACAAGACACAAUGAGUUGUUUAGACAAAGUAACAUCGGGCUUCUAUUUUGCUUUUAGUGGAAACAACACUUCUAACUGGGUCAUAUUUUACCAACCUGACUCCACCCAGUGUGGAUUUUUGUUCUGUUUACAUUAGAUACAGUUUUACUUUUUAUUUUAUUUAUUUAUUUUUUCCUGCUAAAUACACUGCUCGGCCAAAUUAAAAAAAAAUAAAUAAAUAAAAAAAAUUACAAAUUCUAAUAUUUUAUUGGACCGGCUUUAGCUUUGAUAACAGCAUGCAAUCAUCAGGGCAUGGUUUUGAUAAGCUUAUGGAAUAUCACAGCAUUUAUUUCUAUCCAGGGUUGGUUUAAUUUUUAAUUUUUUUUUGCCAGGAUCUUGAUGAUAGCAGUGUCAGGCCACUGUGAACAUCACAAAGAUUCUCAAUGAGUCUGCGGCCAAGUCAUGUGUGAAAACAAUGAUUUGUGUUCCCUGACCUGCUCUUUCACAAUAUGAGCCUGACAAAUCCUGGCAUUGUCAUCUUGGAAUCUGACCGUGCUAUCAGGAAAGAAACAAACAUUACUGAAAAAACCUGGAGGAUGUUCAGGUCAUGUGCUGACGUCAUUAUUUGGGCAAGUAAUGCUGCUGAAACUCAAACUGCUCAGAUCAUAACACUGCCCCCGUGCGAGGCAUUCGCCAUGAUGUAUGCAUCACUUCAUCCGCCUCUUUUCUUACCCCAGUGCACCAAUGACUCUGGAACAGGGACCUCAUCAGACGAAAUGCCUUUUAUUUAUUUAUUUUUUACAAUGCUCCAGAGUUAAAUUGUUAUCCUCCUGAAGUGGCAUUAAAUCAAGUUCACGACCACAGGAUAUCACACGAUUCUUUAAGAAAGAGAAAUUACUCACUGCAUCAAUUAGGGUUCAAUCUAUUGCCAUCUGAAACUUCACUAUCUGUCCAAUGGAAGGAUGCUAACUAUUUGCUUCAUUCCAGGUGGUGACUUUUUUUUUUCUGGGCAGUAAUUGUUUCUUAUACAAAUUUUUGGAUGAUUGUUGGAAAUCAGUUUGUUCAGUUUCCAGCGUCAUUCUGUUUCAGUGCCAUGUUUCAUUCAAAGUUGAACUCCAUGUGCCUUUUGCGGGUGUGUUUGUUGGCGAAAACAUCUUGACCAGUAUCCUCAUGCAUUAUCCAGCUUCACCAGGGUGACAGUAAUUUCUGUGGUGGUUAAAAGCGGUUAACGUUUACAUAACCAACAUCAUGCCAUCAAAUCCAGAAACCCUAAUUUUUAACGUUUCUGUAAACACUCAUGAAUGUUGUUUUUUGACUGGCAUUCACCCUGUUCUGUCCUUUUAGGUGUGACAAUAGCUUAUUUCAUGUUUAAUUAACCUGCUCUUUAAUCAUCAUACAAGAAAACUGUGUGGUCCGGACAUGUUUUUAUAAUAACAACAAGGGGUCUGCUUGUUCUAGUUGUUACCACUGUUCGAGUAUUGUAAUUCUCAAAAUUGUCUUUUAUUUAAUAUUCAUGAAAAUAUUAUUAUUAUUAUUCUGUAUUUUCUGCGCAGCCAGACAAAGUACUCAUGUUCACCACUGCCAGACAACCAAGAGAACAUUAUACUGUGAUAAUAAAUCAGUGUAUUCCAAUGUUGUGUAUAUGGAAUUGUGUGUUUGUGUGCGUGUGUGUGUGGGUCAUGUUGAUGAAGCUUGUGCAAUAAAUGUCCCUUACUUAAUGUCUGUGCUUUAAUGUAAAGUUGUUUGUUGUAGGGGGAUUUGAAAACAAAUUAAAAUAAACAUCUGAAACAUUGAA